ACACAUAUACGCGUGUAUACUCUUCUAUUUUUGCUAGUUGUCCUAGUUAUAAUUAUGUACAGUAACACAUUUUCUCCAUGUUUAUGAUAACGAUACUCAUGAAGGAGGCUGAUCACGUUCACUGCUGGAACUGAUUUCUCUGCACUCGUUUCUCAUUUACAAAACUGUCCAUAGUGUUAAUCAGAAUGAUGAUUCUACUACUUAUAUUUUACUCAGUGGGUGUGUGUAUGUAUGAAGUGUAGUUGAACCGUUUUCUUUUAAAAAAGUAAUCUAAAAUAAUUUUAAAAAAUGCAUUACUUGCAUCAACUUAUUCUGUACAAGUAAAAUAAAUCGAAGUAACAAAAUAAGGACGCCAACGACCGGAGGAGCUAGAGAAAAUACCAAGACGAGGUAAAGCGUUGAACUUAAAAAUUCACAGACUACUUAUUACAUUCAAUAAGAUAUAUAUACAUGCAUUUGUACGUUUUGUUAGAAAACAAUCUUUAGUACAUAUACUCCUGGCCACAUAUAUAAAUACACAUAAAUAAACAUUACUUGCAGAAAGGAACAAUUCACAUUUCUGCUCAAUCCUAUAGAAUAAACAUACACCCUAUUCAGUGAACAAUUGCUGGAUGGAAAAUUUAUAAACCCAACAAGUGUAAUCAGACAACGAUUAAAUUGGCAAGGGAUAAGAAAGCAAUAUUAUUACCAUAUGUUGGAUGUAGAAGCAGUUUGGAGUGGUCGGUCACUCACACCUGCUGUUUCUAUUUAAAAAUUUUUACUGAGGUGGACAAAUUCCAAAGGAGAAUUAUUCUAGUCUGCCUGUAUUGAUUAGAUUAUUAGUGUUGUGGAUGAACUACCAACUCGUUUAUACUUUCUUCGAGGAAACGGAAAAGUGAAAAUCACUGUCUCCAUUAGAAUGGUUAACCGUGUUGGUUAAUGUGCAUUGGUGGAUUGAAAUGAGCUGUGAAACUCAUUGAAGUAGAGAUUGGAAUUCAAAGUGGAUGUGAAUUCAUCAGGCAAAAACUCUUCUAAUGUGCGGUGAUGGAAAUCAAAACACUUGUCACUUCAUUAUGGCAUUAUUAUUAAUUAAAUAACUGCAGACAUUGAAGAUUUCUAUGUAACUAGAUAAACAGAAAAGUCAUUAAUCAUACAAGUUACAUCUGGUUCAAUGAUGAUUACUGUCUGGUAGCCUGCCAUGAACUUUGUACCUUCAAGAUAAAAAUUCAUCUUGAAUGAUGGUGUAUUGAUGAUUGGUCAAGAAAACCAAGAAAUUUUAACAACUUGGCAAGAUAUUGCAAUGAAUUCAGAGAAAUACGAUGCAGAUACAAAACAAGCAAAUCCUCUAGCGGUAACAAAUAAUAGUAAAAUGAAUAGUUCUUAUGUACCUUUAUCAGACAAAUAUCAAAAUCCUGAAAUAGGUAUCAGUGGUAAUGAUAAUGUAAAAAAAUUAGGCUUGGAUAAUCAAUUAAAACAGAUAACUGCCACGGAUUCAGUGGUUCCAAUAGGAACUAAAUUCUUUUUCCCUACACUUUUGUCAAAUGGCGUUUCAUCUACGCAAUCGCAACGAAAUUCUCAACUGAAUUUCCCAUGUUCACAUGAAAGUAGUACUAAGUUAAUGUCACGUGAAGAAGCUCUGGUAACACUAUCAGAGAAAACAUCUUAUCCGAUACUACAAGAAAAUGGUCAACGACGUUAUGGACCACCACCAGAUUGGCAUGGCCCACAACCACCAAGAGGUUGUGAGGUAUUUAUUGGGAAAAUACCACGUGAUUGUUUUGAAGAUGAAUUAGUGCCUAUAUUUGAAUUAGUUGGAAAAAUUUACAUGUUCCGACUGAUGAUGGACUUUAGCGGAUGUAAUCGUGGAUAUGGGUUUUGUAUAUAUACAAAUCGUGAAGAUACUAAACGUGCAGUUGCUGAAUUGGACUGUUAUGAAAUACGUAAGGGUAAAAUGCUGGGUGUAUGCUUUAGCGUAGACAAUUGUCGCCUGUUUGUUGGCGGUAUACCAAAAUCUAAAACGAAAGAGGAAAUUAUGACUGAAAUGUUAAAAGUUACUGAAGGUGUAAAAGAUGUGAUUGUUUAUCCAAGUGUUGCUGAUAAAACUAAGAAUAGAGGAUUUGCAUUUGUUGAAUAUGAAAAUCACAAGGCAGCAGCUAUGGCCAGACGUAAAUUAAUUCCUGGAAGGAUUCAUUUAUGGGGACAUCAGAUUGCUGUAGACUGGGCUGAACCAGAACGUGAAGUAGAUGAAAACAUUAUGUCAAAGGUUCGAAUAUUAUACGUGAGAAAUUUAAUGCUUCAUACAUCAGAAGAUGCUGUUAAAGAUCAUUUCAAUCGAGCGAUCGGUGCAAUUGACGCUGUUGAACGCGUAAAAAAAAUUCGUGAUUAUGCAUUUGUACAUUUUCGUGAUCGACUGCAGGCCGCAACAGCACUUCAGCAACUGGACGGUACAGUAUUCGACGGUUCACAAAUUGAAGUAACAUGGGCGAAACCAGCAGAUAAGAAUGAAAAUUUAAAAAUGAAUCGCAAUACCAAUUCAGUACUAGCACCUAGUCAUAAUUAUAAUGACAAUAGUAUAUUCGUCACCAGCAAUAAUUCGAUUAUUCAUAGUAAUGACAAUAAUAAUAAUAAUUUGAACUUCCCAUUAUUAGCAAAUUACUUAACCGAUCCAUUAACUGUAUCAACAAGCAUUCCUAUGGCUGGGUCAGCAGCCUUGCCCUUAUUAUCGUCACCAGCAUCAGUCACUUUAUCGAAUUCAUCCUAUGUCAUUUCAUCAUCCACAUCAAAUAUAAUUAAUUCAAAUCAAUUCAAUAAUAAUCACAAUAUGUUUACACAACAUUUAAAUUACCCUAACUCAUUCUCUUUAUCCCCAAUAAUCAAUCAAUCUAUCCUUUCAACAAAUUCAUACAACCAAUUAAAUCAUUCACAUCGAAUAUGUCCGUUCAUACAGUCAAGAAAUUUCGAAUCCGACAAAACUGACUAUCAGGGUCAUCUGAAUCCACUGCUCGAUUUCAGUUCACCAUCUACAUAUUCUUCAGAGUCAUCAUCAACAGGAACAUCGUACACUAAGUUAAAUGCUAGUGUCGGUCGAAUGCCGUCCGAUUGCAGUGCAGUUAACACAAUGUUUAAGAAGAAUGCUCACAUUGUCUUAACAAAUAAUGCAACUCUUACAAAUUCUGCUCUCAACAAAAAUAACAUUGAUAAUGCAAAUAAUACUUACAUCAGUAAUAUUUUAGAUAAAUCACCGAAUAAAUCAUCUUUAAUACAAGGUCAAAUUCGGUUGAAUGAAUUGUGCACAUCCAUUUCAUCUUUAAAUAGUCGACAACAACAACUUCAAAAAUGUUCAAACUACUUAACAUUGAAUCCAGUAGAUAGACUAUACCGUCACGGACAACCGUUUUCACAGAAUAAUUUACCAAUGUUGAAAGGAAAUCGCAUGUUAAAUCACCAUUUAAAAGACAGUUCGUUUACCAAAAACACUGUAUCACUUACUUCAUUACCGUCGAAUAAACUGAACUCAAAUAAGAAAUCGAUAUUUCACAAUCAUGAGAUUACUACACCAGUGAACACUGAUUAUUUUAACCUCAAGGAUCGAUGUAAAAUGGAUCCUUAUAAGUUAUUAACAGAUAUUUGUUUGGAGAAUGGUCUUGAGUCACCAAAGUUUACAACUCUAAUGCAGAGCUGUACAGAUCAAAUCACUGGAAAGAAAGUGAAUCUUUACAUUGGACAGGUCUAUUUACCUAAUGUAAAUCGUCAGUUCAUUUCUAAUAAUCCAUCAUUUACAAUAGACAAAUCAUUGAAGUUAGCAAGUGAAUCAGCAAUUCACUGGUUAUUAACGCGUUAUUUUACAAACAAUAACAAUCUAUUUACUAUGCAUAAAUUUACAAAUUCCAAUCAUCAAAAACACUUUGUAAUUUCUUAUUCUACUCAUGAUCUCAUAGUACCUACUACUGCUGGCAAUGACAAUAAAAAUACGAGUAUAUAUUCUGUUCCGACUGUCAUGUACACUAAUCAUAUUGCGGCAAGCUUAGCUUCACAUCAAUGCAAUUCAUGUUCAUCAUAUUGUUUACCUGUAACACUGAAUACAAUGAACCAAUUUACUGAACAGCCUGGUAAAUAUUCAUCUGUGAAUAGCAUUCAUUUUCAGACAUAUUUAAAAUCUCAGCCAACAUUUUCGACAUAUUUAAACAAUGAAUUUAUGCAGACAACAAACACUAAAAAUGAUAACAGUAAUAGUAUUUGUGAACAUUUUAAGCCUUGUAAAAAUAUUAUGAUGAAUAUACACCACAGUUGUGAUUUAGAUCAUGCACCCACAAAGAUAAUUAAUAAUUGUACUUAUAAAAACGAUCAUGAUGAUAUUUCUAGUGAAGAUUCACAAUUAAUGAAGAAAGCUAACAGUAAAAAUACUCAAGUAAGCAAUGAAAAUGAUAACCCUGACUUAAGCUCACCAACAUCACUAUCAUUCUGCAGAAGUACAAACAGUAUUCAAUAUACUCAACCAAACAAUCAAGAAACCAUGAGAAGAAAUGAAUUUUCAAUUAUAAACGAAAAUAACGGUAAUGAUGAUAGAAAUUCGACAGUUUCAAAAAGUGUAUUCUUAAAUCACCAAAAAGAAGACUAUGUAACACCAAGGAAUUUCAGUCAGACAUUGUUAGAUAAUUUUUCCAGUGAAUCUGAAAUACUUGAUGAUCAGUUUGAAAAUCAUGAAGAACCCGUUACAAUAUUGGAUCGAAUACUGAGGCGUAAUCAUUCGAAAAUGAUAACACCAGCUAAUCAAACUAUAAGAUCGAACGAUAUAGACGAAAACGAUAAACUUGAUGAUUGUAUGAACAAAGACGAUAACAAUAAUGAUGUAAAUAACAGUAACAAUGAUAAAAAUAUCAAUCAGCAGACUGACGCCAACUUUAUUUCCUCAAAAGAAUCCAUUGUGUAUUGUGAAAAUCGACCGAAGACAAAUCUAUUUCAGUAUUCAUCGAUACCAAAUUUCAAUUCAGUGACAAACAAAGAGCCUUAUUUUUCAGCACACAGAUGAAAAAGACUGUAAGAAUGAAUGAUAUUCAGUUUCUGAACACUAAAGUUCCGCAUAUGACAGAACAAAACUCCAUUUUCCUACCAACUAAUAAUAGUUGUGCAGAAGACAUUUUCAAUUUCAGUCAGUUUUUUCAUGAUACAGGCGAUUCAACACUUCUUGAUAAUAAGUCUGAUUACGGGCAUAAACUAAAUUCUUUUCAAAUCAUGCAAAAUAAGUUUCCGAAAUCAUCAAUUUUAUCUUCAGGCUCAUCAUCAUCAGAAUCAACUGCAGUUAAUAGAUCUGUACAUAUGCUUAUUCGUAACUGGUGUUCACAAGAUCAUUUUACAAAAGCUUUUACUAGUAAACUGAGUGGUAUUUAAAUUCUGUGAGAAGUGCUGUUUCUUCUUCAAGUAAUCUUCCUUUGUUUGCUUAUAAUUGACAAUAAUUAGGUAUGUUUCACCUCCCCUUCACACACAUUCAGACAUACAUUAACCGAUAUUGAUACUUUAUCUAGUGCAACUGAUUCAUGCUCUUUUGGCCCUUUUUUCACAAUUUUUCAUCUUUAAGUGUAUUGGAGAAGGAAGAUAAGGAUUGUUCACACUUCUUUUUAUUCCACAGUUACUUGAUAAGUGGCUAAACUGGUUAUUUUGAGAUAUUUUUGGCCUAAAUAGUAAAAAAUUAGUAACUUUGAUCACAAACAUUUAAAUUGAGUUAGGUAAACACGUUUUCUAAUAAUUUACGCAGUCACUAUUACAAAGAAGAUGCUAUGGUGUAAAUGUGUAUGAAGAUCAUACAGGAUGGGAAUGCUGAUUCUGAAAUCUGCUGGAUAUGUUUUAUUAUGCAUAAUGUAUGCAAACACUUUAUGAUUUCUCCCUACAAAGGGGUUACUGACGAUUAUUUUUCAAAUUACACUCAUACAUACGUAGGUAUUUGCGUGUAUUUAUAUCAGAUAAAUAGAUCGUAGCUCUUCAUUCAGUCUAUUUCUACAGUUCAUACUAGCGCAAUACAAGUUACACUAAGACAUUAAAAUUGUGAACUUCACGCUAGUUGAAUUCUGUUAACGAAAGAAAAUCAAAUCUCUGUCAUAUUAUCUUUCUCAUUUUCUUUGCGCUUUAUAUGAGUCGACAGUCCAACUAAUAAUUUCGGUAAUGAAUUUUUGUUACUUAAAGAAUUUACAAUCUCAUCACUUUCAUCAAAUAAUAAGAACUUUAAGAAAAUAAAUGAAGAUAAAAUUGCAAAGAAUAUCAAUAAUUCCUUUGCCAAUCACAAAAUAAAAACGAUUUAAAAUCAAUAGUCAAUCAUCAGUCUUUGGACUUGUUCAAAGUAUUUGUUUAAAUUUUUGUUCCGUGAAAUUUGAGUGAAAGAAAAUGUUUAAUUUUCUCAUGUUUAAUGAAAUGUCAAUUUUUUUGCUGUCCUAUGUUAAAUAUUGUGGUUGAUUUUGUCUGGCAAUUAGGUGUUCAAGAAAAAUAUAAAGUUGUAAAAUGACACAU